AUGUCUUUAUCUAGUGAUCUGUUGUCAACGCAUGGAAAACCGGCGCUGUUGUUGCUUCGUUCCACGAUUGUGGCUACACCAUACCUAGCUUUCCUCCGCACCGCAGCCGAUCAAAUACAGACCCUGUGGCCGACCUUCGUUGAAGCUUUCCCUGGCGUACAGAAGCUACCUGGCGACUCGAGUCUAAAUGCAUUCACCCGCUAUAUCAACGGCCAUGAGCUCCCGGAGUUGGACCAGUCACCGACUCCAAAUAUUUUGUUAAACUUGCUUACCGUCCUUUUCCAUGCCGUUGACUUUUGGCAGCUCUCUAGAGAAGUCCAGAGUAACGUAUUCUCUUCUGUCGCCGGAGAUUCACCUUUGUAUUUGAGGGAUAUCCAGGGUUUUUGCAUUGGCUUUCUGACAGCUGCUGCGGUUUCCAGUGCUAAAUCCGAGAUUAGCUUCCAGAGAAAUAUUACAGCAGCCCUUUGUAUUGCUGCCGGUGUCGGUACUCUUGUGGACUUGAACAACACCACAGACCCAGCGGCAUCGGUAUCAGUUGGCUGGAAUUCGAAGUCUGAGUAUGAAACCCUACUGGGUAUCAUUGCGGAAUACAAGGAUAGCUACAUCUCAUGCGUGACGGAUGAGAAUCGCAUCACGAUCACACUACCUGAUCGGGACGUGGGCACCCUUCUGCAAGAGGCAUCCGAUUUGGGGUUCUCGUCCCAGUCCAUCGGGCUUGCAGGUCGCUAUCAUAGUCGCAGCACGCAUGAACAGUCUGCUAUCCUGUUUCGGGAGCUCUGUAAACGUGACUCACGUUUCCAGUUGCCCGAUGCCAGUGAGCUCACCCUACCGUUGCGGUCGAACAUCGAUGGGAGCAUCAUUUCCGGCUCUUUGCAUGAUGUCGCCAUCGACUCUAUCCUAUUGCAUCAAUGCCAAUGGUUUCAAGUUGUGCAGGGAGCAAUUUCCACUAAAGCUAGAGAAGCAGAUCAUAUCAUGUCGGUAGGCUCUAUGACUGCCAUUCCUCGUUCAGUUGCAAGAGGACGAAUAUACAAUCAUAAGCCUGUCGGUCCUGUAACUUCUGAUUUGAAUCGAGUUCCCGAUGGUGUGUCCCAUCGAAUCCCCAAUGGUAGGAUUGCCUCGACGGAGUUGAACGGCCCUGAAGCUCCUGAUGCCGCCGACUCCCCUGCCAUCGCAAUCAUUGGCAUGGCCUGUCGCUAUCCCGAGGCUGAGAACCUGGAAGAAUUUUGGGAAUUGAUGCAAUCCGGAAGAUCAGCAGUUCGGCCUCUCCCAGAAGACCGGUUCAAACCCUCAGAGCUCAAGCGUGAGCCGAAGGGGCCAUUCUGGGGCAAUUUCCUUCGCAACCCAGACCUAUUUGACCAUCGUUUCUUCGGUAUCUCCGGCCGUGAAGCAAAGUCGAUGGAUCCACAGCAGCGAUUGCUGCUGCAGGUGGCAUACGAAGCGCUGGAAUCCUCGGGGUACUUUGGCCUGAGGAACUCCGUCGACAACGAUUGUUCGAAUGUCGGAUGCUACAUCGGUGUUGGAUCAGUCGACUAUGGGGAUAACGUAGCUUCUCAUGAUGCCACAGCGUUCUCUGCCCUCGGCACGCUGAGGGCGUUUAUCAGUGGUCGAGUCAGUCAUCACUUUGGAUGGACCGGCCCAUCGAUCACCUAUGACACGGCAUGUUCGUCCGGAGCUGUAGCCAUCCACUCGGCGGUUAAUGCCCUCAAAACAAACGAAGCAUCCAUGGCCAUAGCUGGAGGUGUGAAUGUGAUCACCAGUCCUGCAUUAUAUCAAGUUCUCUCCGCAGCUUCUUUCCUAAGUCCGACCGGCGCGUCGAAAGCCUUUGAUUCAGAAGCUAAUGGCUACUGUCGGGGUGAGGGCGCGGGAAUAGUGGUACUGAAAACCCUGAGUCGGGCUCUUGCUGAUGGCGACUCGAUCCUCGCGGUCAUCAGAGGUUCUGCCGUCAAUCAGGGGGCCAAUUGUACCCCGAUCACCGUGCCCGUUUCGGAAUCCCAAGCUGCACUGUAUCGGAAGGCACUGUCCCUAUCCGGAAUUGACCCAGGGGACGUCACGUAUGUUGAAGCGCAUGGGACAGGAACCCCAGUAGGCGAUCCAAUUGAGUGCGAGAGCAUCCGUCAGGCUUUUGGGGGAUCCCAACGGGAGCACCAACUGUUCGUUGGGUCUGUCAAAGAUAAUAUCGGACACACCGAGGCAGCGUCCGGGGUGGCGGCAGUGAUUAAGACGGUGUUGAUGAUGCAGAAGCGUAUGAUCCCUAAACAAGCCAACUUCAACCGGUUAAAUCCGAAAAUCCCGCCCCUGGAGCCUGACCGUAUGGCGAUUCCCCAACGAACCGAGAGAUGGGUGUCUCCCAGACGCGUUGCCGUUGUCAACAACUACGGCGCUGCGGGCAGUAAUGUGGCGAUCGUGGUCGAGGACCCCAUGUCGGUGAAGACGAGGAAUAGUAGCUUCGCUGUGGCUAAUGGCGUGAACCAUUCUGCUCCCUCGGCUGUCCCGGUCUUCAUCUCCGCCAAGUCUCCGCAAGGUCUGCGUGAGUACUGUGCAGCCCUGUCAUUACGCCUGCCGGCAAUUCGGCAACAGCACAGCGUUGAGACAGCCCAUGCGCUGGCGUAUAACCUGUCACUCAAACAGAACAGACAGUUGGACUACCAUUACACAUUCACCGCAUCCACGGCUGACGAACUGGCUGCGAAGCUGGACCAGCCCGACGAAAGCCAUUUCAACCAAUGCUCUGGACAUCAACGACCUGUGAUAUUGUGCAUUGGCGGGCAGAAUGGGAGGACUGCGCACGUGGAUCCGAGCAUUUACGUGGAAUGCCCACCGUUUAAGAGACAUCUGGACAUCUGUGAAGGGGUAUGUCAGGCCCUGGGUCUUCCAAGCCUGUUUCCAACGAUCUUCCAUCCGGAGCCGAUUGAGGACCUGGUUCUUUUGCACUGCGUUCUAUUUUCUCUGCAGUAUUCCUGCGCCAAGUCAUUCUUGAGCGCCGGGUUGAAAAUCGACACGAUCAUUGGGCACAGCUUCGGGCAGCUUACAGCUCUAGUGGUUGCUGACGCAGUCUCUCUCGAGGACGGUCUACGUCUGAUCUCAGAACGUGCCCGUCUCAUUCAAUCAUCCUGGGGCACGGAGACGGGCGCCAUGCUGUCGGUCCAAGGAGCCCACGGCGAGAUCCAGCAACUCCUGGAGAGCGCCAAACGGCGACAUCCGUCUUUGGUUGUGGAUAUUGCAUGCUUCAAUGGGCCAGAAACCACAGUUCUUGCUGGACCCCAGACGUCGAUAGAUGCAGUCGAAGAGACCUCAGCAUCAGAAGGAUUCAGUUCUCGCAUAAAACUCACGCGUCUCCCGAACACACACGCCUUCCACUCCAGGCUGGUUGACGCCAUCGUACCUCGCCUGAGAGAAAUAGCGUCAAGUAUCAGGUACAAGAAGCCAUCAUGCCGGAUCGAGGCCUGUUCCGAGGACCAGGAUUGGACCCAGCUCAUCAAUGCGGAAAUGAUUGUUCAACACAGUCGGAUGCCUGUUCACUUCCACCACGCCGUUCAGCGCAUUGUGCGCCGCUCGGAAAACUGUAUCUGGCUCGAGGCGGGGUCGAACUCUCCGAUCAUCCCCAUGGUUCGCAGGGCGUUGGGUGCCACCGAUGCAGCCGGUGGCAGUGUCUUCCAAGCAGUCGACUUGCGCACUCCACAUGGGCUGUCGAACCUCUCAAAAUGCACCGCCAGCCUGUGGUCCGCUGGGGUGAGGGUUCAGCACUGGCCCUUUUACCAGGGUCAGGAGUCUCAGCUCCGUUGGAUCAAUCUCCCUCCUUACCAGUUUCAGAAGACGUCGCAUUGGUUGCAAUAUAUCCCUCCUGGCGCCGCUAUGCAUGAGGCGGCCUCUACCACGGCAAAGGAAGGACCAGAACCGCUGCUGAGUCUGGUUGAACGGGAUGAUCGCGGUGCAACAUUCCAGGUCAAUUGCUGGCAUGCGUUGUUCAGACUAUGCACAGAGGGCCAUGCGGUCCUGGGACAAAGUCUCUGCCCGGCCUCAAUGUAUGUGGAGAUAAUUAUGCAAGCCGCAACUCAACUCCCGGGUGACAGAGUCUCGAUGGCUGCGUGCCAUAUACGAGAUCUGAAGAUAUCCUCACCUUUGUCGAUCAGUUCCAACCGUGAAGUAUUUCUUCAGCUACAGCCGCACGAAAAAGAACGAAGUACGUGGGAAUUCUCCGUUACCAGUCGCAGCAGCAAUCAACAGAACGGGACCUCCUCCGCCAAACAUGCCAGUGGAGCCGUCUGCAUGGACUCCCCAGACAAACGCUUUCCCGGCUCCAGCAUGCAAUCGCUGAAACGGCUGGUCAGCCAGGUGCGGCGUAAGGACAUGUCAAGUACCCCGGGAACUAAUGUGCUAAAUGGAAAGACCAUUGUUUACCGAACUUUCAGACAGGUGGUGGACUAUGCUCCUUAUUAUCGAGGAGUAGACCAUCUGAUCUCUAAGGGCAACGAGGCUGUAGGCUUGAUUCGCGUUCCAGCUGGCCAGGAUCCGAUUCUGCAGGAGACGCGCUGCGAUCCCAUCACACUGGAUAAUUUCCUCCAAGUUGCAGGUAUCCAUGUCAACUGUCUGUCCGACAGGAUGGACAAUGAAGUUUAUGUCUGCACAGAGCUCGGGUAUCUUCUCCUGAGCGAUAGUUUCUUUGCCAGGCGGGGCGAGAUGGAGUCUUGGGACGUGUAUACCACAUUUGAGCAGAUCUCUGCAAACAGGCUGGUUAAUGAUAUCCUUAUCUUCGACCCAAACACAGGAGAUCUGCUUGCUAUGUUCAUUGGCGCAACCUUCCAUGGUCUGCCCAUGAAGUCACUCGCGAAGACCCUUGCAGGGCUCAAUGCUGAAGAACACUCGUCGGAUAUCCAGGGAAGCAGGGGUACAACGCUAAAUAGGUCCUUGCAGCAAGUCCCCUCCGAUGCUCAAGUAAAUGGAAGGAUGAACAGCGUGGAGCUGGAUAAGACCCAACUUCUCGGGCAACUCUGCCAGCUGCUCAGCCGCGUGACUGAAGUGCCCGUUGACGAAAUCCAACCCAGCACCGCUCUGACUGAUAUUGGCAUCGACUCGCUGAUGAGUACAGAAGUCCUGAAUGAAAUCAGACGCCAGUAUAAGGUGGAUAUACCGGCCUCCGACUUUCUUGCCCAGGAGAAUGUCCACGCCAUCGCUCAGUAUCUCCAUUCCAGCUCCUCGACUAUGGAGGUCAAUGGUGAAUCUAUCCCACACCAAGUCAAUGGAAACGCAACCAAGACAUCCUCAUUCGGCUCCACUCAGGAAAUGCUCAGCGAUCUUUUAGAGAUCCCUAAAAGUGAAAUCCGUGCUGACAUGCUUUUAAUGGAUUUGGGGGUUGACUCGCUGAUGUCUGCGGAGGUCUUGAGCGAGGUUCAGAAGCGGUUUGGCGUUACGAUUGCCACAGACGAGUUCCAGGCAUUGCAGAGAGUAGGCGAUCUUGCAGGCAGGCUCCAGGCUAGUCACGUCUCUACUUCCGGCACUUUUAAUCCCUCUCCCAGUGGAGUCAUAGGGACGAAAGAAGCCCUCAUUACUGAGCAGGCAGGGGCUCAAGCUCUCGAGUCAACGCCGUCAACAAACUCGUUCAUAUCUGUUGCUCAGGAAAUCUUUGCGCACUCUCGAAGUAACGGGGAUGUAUUUUUUCAGCGAACGCAAUUCUCAAACUUCUGCCACUCGGUGCUUCCCGUCCAGAUGGAGCUUGUCGUGGCAUAUAUCGUCGAGGCCUUCAAUAGGUUGGGCUGCCCACUAGCAACAAUGGCCGCUGAAGAAGUGGUCCCAAACGUCUCCGUCCUCCCCAGGCAUCACAAACUGAAGAAUCAGAUCUACAAGAUACUAGAAGAGGCUUCCCUUGUCCAACGCGAUUCUUCCGGCCAAUUCCGCCGAACUGGCACUCCGGUACCUGGCACUGACUCCGGGCAUCUGCAGCAAUCAAUCGUGUCCAGGUUCCCACAACACACGUAUGAGCACACCCUGCUUGCAUCGACAGGUUCAAAACUGGCCGAUUGUCUUACUGGAAAGGCUGAUCCCUUGGAGAUUCUUUUUGGAAGCCCCAAAUCUCGAGCGUUGUUAGAAAAUGUCUACACACAUGCCCCGAUGUUCGAAGCGGGUACGAUAAGUUUGACAAAGUACCUUGUUGACAUUUUCCAGACCUUUGACGACAACCGGCCAGUUCGCAUUUUGGAGAUCGGUGCCGGCACGGGCGGCACCAGCAAACACCUCGUGGAAUCCCUCCUCACGACGCAAAAACCAUUCGAAUAUACAUUCAGUGAUAUUUCGUCGUCCCUGGUAGCGGCUGCCCGGAAGAAGUUUUCUCAGUACAGCUUCAUGCGCUAUGCCGUUGUGAACAUUGAGGAAGAGUCAGCGACCAAACUCUACAGUCAGUACGACAUUGUUAUCGCUACCAAUUGCAUUCAUGCCACGAAAGACCUAGUCCGCUCUUGCACGAAUAUCAGGAAACUGCUCCAGCCAAAAGGUCUCCUGUGUCUGGUGGAGCUUACGCGGAAUCUGUUCUGGUUCGACAUCGUUUUUGGCCUUCUGGACGGAUGGUGGCGCUUCGAAGAUGGUCGUCGGCAUGCACUAGCGAGCGAGACCUUGUGGAGGAAAUAUCUCACUCAGGCAUCUUUUCGGUGGGUGGACUGGACCGUAGGCACCACCGACGAAUCCAGCAUUCUCCGGGUCAUCGUGGCGUCGCCCGCUGAGGCCGCCCAAGCCACGACCGAGACGGUCGAGUUUAAACGGGUUGGAGACGUCUCCCUUCAGGCCGAUAUCUACUAUCCGAAACAUGUCCCCGAGCGCAGUGGGACGCUUCCGGUCGCACUGAUGAUCCAUGGAGGAGGCCAUGUCAUGCUAUCACGGAAGGACAUCCGCCUGCCGCAAGUCCAGAUGCUCCUAAAUGCCGGGUUUCUCCCCGUCAGUAUCGACUAUCGACUGUGUCCGGAAGUGACGUUGCCCGAGGGUCCGAUGCGGGAUGUGUGCGAUGCUCUAGCCUGGGCGCGCGAUGUUCUUCCCGAUCUUCGGCUACAGCGCUCUGAUGUCCGGGUCGACCGGGAACAUAUUGUGGCUGUAGGUUGGUCGACCGGCGGCCAUCUCGCCCUCACACUGGGCUUUACUGCUCCUCCGAGGGGAAUCCGGCCUCCGGACGCGAUUCUCGCAUUCUACUGCCCGCUGGACUACGAGGAUCCGUUCUGGGGCGAGCCUAACUUUCCAUUCGGGAAGGGAGCAGUAUUGCAGAACGAACUGGUACAAUACGACCUCCUUGAAGGCGUGUGCGAUAAGGCGAUCACGGCCUACAACCCCCCUAGAACGAAGCGGGCUCUAGGCGGAUGGAUGGCGCCCAGCGAUCCCCGUUCGCGAAUUGCGCUACACAUGAACUGGAAGGGCCACACCCUUCCGAUUUUGCUCAACGGCUUAUCCCCCAGGCAUGAUGCCCAAUCCAGUGUCGACCUCCCUGAACCCACCCGGGAACAAAUCCAAUCGGUAAGCCCGUUGGCGCAGAUUCGCCACGGGGCGUACACCACUCCGACAUUCAUUAUCCACGGCACCAAGGAUGACUUGAUUCCAUGGCAACAGGCUGUGAGGACCUUUGAAGCACUCAGACAGCGCGAUGUGACUGCGGACCUUCGCAUUCUCAACAGAGCGGUGCAUUUGUUUGACCUCUAUCCGUCGUAUGCGGACGAUCCACAAGCAGCCAACGCUAUCCAAGAUGGAUACGAGUUUCUUCGCAGACACGUAGGACGCUAA